AUGACCGAUAUGAACCAAGUUCCCAUCAAUGGCAACUACCCUGCCCAGCACGGCUACCCCGAGUCCUACAAUCACGCUUCCGUCACCAUGAACACUGCCGCCAGCUUCCAGCCCGCUCAGUCUUCCACCCCUACCACUGUCACUCCCACUGAUCAGAAGAAUGACAUCUCCAAGGACGAGGUGGGCUGGUUCUUCGUUGAGCAGUACUACACUACUAUGAGCCGCAACCCCGACAAGCUUCACCUGUUCUAUUCCCGUCGCUCUCAGCUGGUUGUUGGCACUGAGGCCGAGCCCGUCCCCGUCAACAUUGGCACCAAGUCUAUCAGUGACAAGAUUAAGGAACUGAAGUUCCAGGAUUGCAAGGUCCGCGUCUUGAACGUCGACUCUCAGGCUUCGUUCGACAACAUCUUGGUCUCGGUUAUUGGUGAGAUCUCCAACAACUCCGAGCCUUCCCGCAAGUUCGUUCAGACCUUUGUUCUCGCCGAGCAGCCCAACGGCUACUACGUGCUCAACGACAUCUUCCGUUACCUUGUUGAGGAGACUGAGGAGGAGACCACCCCCGCUGUGGCUGCCACCGAAGCCCCCGAGGCUGUGGCCGAGGUUCCUGCUGUCUCCAGCGAGGAGGCUCAGGUUUCUGACGAUGCCACCGUCUCCAAGGUGGACGAGAAGCUCGAGGAAGUCGAGGCCAACGGAGAAAUCGAGGAGACCAAGGAAGUAGUUCCCGAGACCAACGGCGUCCCCGCCGAGGAGACCCCGGCUGUCGCUCCCGCCGUUGAGGCUGAAGCUGAGAUCGAGGAUGUCGAGGAGCCCCUCGCUCCCGAGCCCACUCCCGCCCCUGCCAAGGAGGAGCAGGUCCCCGAGAAGGAGACUGCUCCCACUCCUGCUCUUCCCAAGACCUGGGCCAACAUCGCCACCACCUCCUUCGCGGCCAAGGCUGCUGCCGCCUCCAAGGCCGCUGCUGCUGCUGCUGCCCCCGCUGCUGCCCCUAAGGCCGCUGCCCCCGCCAGCCAAGCUUCCCCUGUUGCUCCCGCUGCUCAGCCUGUUGCCGCUGCCGCUGCUGCUACCGAGGCCCGUCCCCAGGAGGCCUCCACUGAUGCCGGAUGGCAGACCGCUGGCCACGACCACAAGAAGUCGCAGCCUCGUGCCGGCGAGGAGACUGUCCUCGCUUAUAUCAAGAACGUCAAUGACAAGGUUGAUGCCAGCCUGCUGAAGCAGGUCCUGUCUCGCUUCGGCAAGCUGAAGUACUUCGAUGUCAGCCGCCCUAAGAACUGCGCCUUUGUUGAAUUCAACGAGCCCGCCGGCUACGCUGCCGCUGUCGCCGCCAACCCCCACCAAAUUGGCAGCGAGCAGAUCCUCGUCGAAGAGCGCCGUCCCCGUGGCAACGCCUACGGCAGCAACGGUUUCCCCGCCGGACGUGGCGGCGGUGCUGGUCGCGGCCGUGGUGACCGUGCCGGAAGCCAGGGUCGCGGUGGUUUCCAGCGGGAGGGCCGUGGUGGCUUUGCUCCCCGUGGCCGUGGUGGCAACGUUGCCGCCAAGGGCCGCAGCAGCCAGGCCCAGGCUGCUUAA